AUGCAGCAUGACGAGGUCAUCUGGCAGGUCAUCAACCAUGGCCACUGUAGUUUCCGGGCAAAGACCCAGACCCAGAAUUUCUGUAGGAACGAGUACAACGUGACUGGCCUCUGCAACCGCAGCUCCUGCCCCCUGGCAAACAGCCGGUAUGCCACUAUCCGGGAGGACAACGGGCGAUGCUACCUGUACAUGAAGACCAUCGAGCGCGCACACUCUCCCAAGAACCUCUGGCAGCGCAUCCGACUGAAGAAGAACUACAGCCUGGCACUUGCACAAUUGGACGAGCACCUCGCCUACUUCCCAAAGUUCCUGGUGCACAAGAACAAGCAGCGGCUGACCAAGAUCACGCAGUACCUCAUCCGCAUGCGGAAGCUGACGCUGAAGGCCAGGCCGAAGCUCAUCACACUGCCGGCGCGGAAGGAGAAGCAGCUGAAGCGCAAGGAGGCCAAGGCGGAAACCGCAGCGCAGCUGGACAAGUCCAUCGAGAAGGAGCUGCUGGCGCGCCUGCAAGCCGGGACCUACGGCGACAUCUACAACUUUCCCUCCAAGCAGUACAACAAGGCGGCUCCCCUGGCGCUUGCCGCCCCGGCCGCAGAUGGCGGUGCGCAGAAGAGGAGGAAGGGGCGGCGCGGGGUGGAGAUUGAGUACGAGGAGGAGCGGGAGACGGGGCUGCAGGGGCGGAGAUCAUGA